UUUAGGUCAACUUAUCAUUCCCUAAAACUUUGUUGCAAGGUUUGCCUCCUGUUUUUACCGAGCUGCUCACAUGUUUCUCUGAGUUAAAGUCACUUCUGAGGACUGAGCUGCUUGUUUCUGAGGAGGAGAAAACACACCGCGGCAAAUGUUUCUCGCUCCGACUGCGGCGGUUCCUGCAGGACAGUAAAGCCUCGACUCGCCUUUUCUAACCAGCAGCAAGAGAGCGGUGGAGUCAAGAGGUGCCAAAAUGCCACAACAGAAAGACAUAGUGAAGAUAGCCAUCCAGAUGCCUGGGGCCUACCCCCAGCUCAUACAACUGGACCAGAAAAAGCCUCUGUCUGCUGUUAUAAAGGAGGUCUGUGAUGGCUGGAAUCUCCCAGGUCCCGACAACUACGCUCUGCAGUACGCCGAUGGAGUGCAGACGUACAUCACUGAAUCGAAUCGUCUGGACAUUAAGAACGGCUGCAUUCUGCGUCUGACCAAGGCACCGGGACGCUGUGCAGAAGACUUGUACAAAGGAAUCCAGAGCUUGGACGUAGGCGUGCGAUGUGAUUCGCUGAAGCAGCUGGCAGGCGUUUCCACAGACGUAACCUUCGCUCAGGAGUUCAUCAGCAGAGACGGACACCUCUUAUUGGUCAAGAUAGUAGAGGACUCUAAUGAGAGUGCCGUGAUCAUGACCCACACGCUGACCGGCUUCAUGGAGCUGAUGGAUCACGGGAUAGUUUCUUGGGAAAACCUGUCGUCAGUCUUCAUCGAGAAGAUCGCCAGCUUUGUCAACGCCAAGGCGACCGACGCGUCUAUUCAGCAGGUGUCCUUGGACAUUCUGGAGAGCAUGGUUCAGAGCAGCCACAGCCUUUUCCUGCAAGUCAAACAGGGGGUCACCAUGGAGAGGCUUAUCGCUCACCUCCAGGUGACGAAUCAGCAAAUCCAGACUAAAGCAAUGGCCCUACUUAUGGCACUACUACAGACAGCCGGAGACUCGGACAGACAGGAUAUGUUUGCGUUCCUGAAUAAGAAGAAUCUCCGGCAGUACAUUUAUAAAAACAUCAUCCAUAGUUCUGGUUCAGUCCAGGAUGAGAUGGCCCACUACCUCUAUGUCCUACAGUCACUUACCUUGAAUCACCUGGAGCCUCGAAUGCGGACGCCUCUGGACUGCUACAGCCAGGAGCAGAGAGACAUCCUUCACGGUUUGCGGCAGGCAGCGUUUGAGACAGAAAGUGAGAACAGUCUGAGCCACGAGAGGCGACGCUCUCUCUGCGCCAAAGAGUUCAAGAAACUGGGCUUCUCUAACAAUAGUAACCCCGGUCAGGACUUGGUGCGAACGCCACCUGGUCUUUUAGCUUUGGACACCAUGUGUUAUUUCGCCACACGUUAUCCUGAUGCCUACAGCAGGUUUGUCCUGGAGAACAGCAGUAGAGAAGACAAACACGAGUGUCCGUUUGCCAGAAGCAGCAUCCAGCUCACGCUCAUCCUGUGUGAAAUCCUUCGUAUCGGAGAGCCCCCCUCAGAGACGGGGUCUGAUUACCACCCCAUCUUCUUUAGUCAGGAUCGGCUGAUGGACGAACUCUUCUGUGUCUGUAUUCAGCUGCUAAACAAGACCUGGAAGGAGAUGAGAGCGACACAGGAGGACUUUGACAAGGUGAUGCAGGUCGUGAGGGAGCAGAUCACCAGGACGUUGUCCAGUAAGCCGACCUCCCUGGAGCUAUUCAAAAACAAAGUCAAUGCUUUGAACUACAGCGAGAUCCUCAAACUGCGGCAGACAGAACGGCUGCACCAGGAGGAGACUCUUGCUCCACCCGUACUUGAGCUCAAAGAGCGCCUAAAGCCAGAGCUGCUCGAGUUGAUCCGCCAGCAAAGACUCAACAGGCUGUGUCAGGGAACCAUGUUCAGGAAGAUAAGCAGCCGACGCAGACAGGAUAAACUGUGGUACUGCCGCUUGUCGCCCAAUCACAAAAUGCUUCACUACGGCGACUUGGAGGAAGACAUGGACAAUCCACCAAUUGAAACAUUGCAGGAAAAGAUUCCAAUAGCAGAUAUUAAAGGCUUGCUGACGGGUAAAGACUGUCCUCACAUGAAGGAGAACAAAGGCAAACAGAACAAGGAAGUGUUGGAUCUGGCAUUUAGCAUCACGUACGAUGUAGAGGAAUACAGCCUGAACUUCAUCGCCCCCUCUAGAACUGACUUCUGCCUGUGGACGGACGGACUGAGCGUCCUCCUUGGUCGGGAGAUGAGCAGCGAAUCCAUGCGCAGCGAGCUAGAGAUCCUCCUCUCUAUGGAGAUUAAGCUCCGCCUCCUGGAUCUGGAGAACGUCCCCAUCCCCGACAGUGCGCCGGUCGUCCCCAAACCACCGAGCAACUACAACUUCUGCUACGACUUCAGCCAGACUGAGCAGUAGAGUGUGUGCAUAUGCUGCAGUGCACCUACGACGUGUGUGUGUGUGUGUGUGUGUGUGUGUGUGUGUGUGUGUGUGUGUGUGUGUGUGUGUGUGUGUGUGUGUGUGUGUGUGUGUGUGUGUGUGUGUGUGUGUGUGUGUGUGUGUGUGUGUGUGUGUGUAAAUAUAUAUGUGUGUGUGUGUGUGGAUGUCUGAAAUAAAAGGAUUGUGUGGUGAGAGCUUACCUGUGCAUCCAUGCACUUAUUACUUUAACACAGAUUCCUAACAUAACAUGGCAACAGAUUCUUCCUCUACUGAUCUUCUACACCCAGUGAAACAUGGAACAGGAUAAAACGUGGAAAGCGACUUUGUCUCUUGAGCCACAGCAGUAGUUUUGGAUGUGAACUCCUAUAAAAUAACGAUAGACUAUACUAAUGCUGAAGAUUAUCACUCGUCAUCUGGGACUUCUGUUCUUAAUCAGCUGAUGCUCAGAUCUCCUUCUUUCCAUUCAUUACUCCUCCUCCACCUCUGUGCUGUUCUUCAUUCGUCUGGAAACUUCAAGUAUUUAGUUUUUCCAAGUGUUUGUUGUUACUGGAGCUGUGUUUAUCUGCUACAGUACAGCCGACCCACUCAAGUGAUGGUACUUUAAAUUUGUUUUGUAAUCAUUUUAUAUAUCUAAAUCUAUGUAUGAUACAUGGAAUAUUCCUGUGUGCACAGCGGCUUAUUACUGCUUGAAGCCACAGAUGCUCUGAUUUGUCUCAGAAGGCUGGCUCUGCUCAUUUCUUGUCUUCUGCCACUCUCUUGUAUUCGCUUUAAAAAAAAAAAAAAAGGGCAUUAACCAGAACACUGCUUUCUCAAUUCAACUUGAGCUGUAGCUUUUAAAAGCCCUCUUUUGGGGUAAGAUGUGGUACAUGUUAGAAUAAUUUCCAAUAUCUGAAAAGAGACUCAAUAGGUACUUUGUACAGAUCCCAGUGGUUCAGUAAUGAUUACUGUGGGGGCAGAGAUGUUCUCAAACAUCUGUGUCUUUUAUCAUGUUAAUGCAGAUUUGCAUUAGGUACCAAACUGACUUUUUAUUUUCUUUAAGGUUUAAAUAAUAAUAUUCAAUUGCACCAUUGCCACAAUCAAGUUUGAAGAGAAAAACUACCAGCAAUAAUCACUCUAAAUCUAUAUGACAAGCAAUCGGUGAUGUUUAGGUUUGACUGAACAGACUUGAAUCAAAUCCUGGUCCAAUAAUGAAAUGAUCCAUAUUAUACAGGGUACGUAUAAAUUAUAAUGUGAUGGAGACUACCUGCUCUUUCUCACCAGGAUUCAGUGGCCAAACUUGAAGCAGCUACUCAAGAACUGACAGGUCUACAGUAUAUCAUGAAAUGUGUUUGAAGGUUCUGUGCCUGUUUUUGUCAUCGGGUUAUUUCAUUUCAAUCAAGAUUGUCCUCUGCAGUGCAUUCCUGACACACUGUGAUAAUAUUCACUCUGAAUCGUACGCUUUGGGUGUCUUGACAUGAAUAAACAGUUUGAUUCAUACUG